AGUUUUUCUUGAGAGCUUUGCAGACGGAAGACUGGCUGAUGCCGAGCUGCUCAGCAAUUUUAGUUUGGGUCAAGCCUUGUUGGCGAAGGGCUUGAAUUUGAGCCACUAUUCCGGUUGAGAGGUCGCGCUGCUUACCCAUGAUUGAUUUUACAACUUAGAAAUUCUACUCAACCCUGACUUUAUACUGCACAGUGAACACUCUUCACAGAAAACAAAAAAUCGAGCAUUUAUUCUAAUUCAAUGAAACGGUUCCUCCAGAGUUAUGUUGCAAACCCUAUAUCAGGCUGCACUGUUCUGUUCGCUGUUCUGAUGGGAUCUGAUAACACAACCCUUUACUGUGACUUCAUGAUGGUUUUUCCUUUAAGCUUUUGAGACAUGAUGGUCAUUGUAAAAAAAAAAAAAAAAAAAAAAAAAAAAUCAUUUUUUUCUUCAUUUGCAAUAGUGUUUAAAUACAUUUUCGGACAAUUCUAAAUAUAUUCUGGGCACACAGGAAGUGAUGUACGUGCUUAUUAUGUAUUUAGGUGCAAAAACAAUGUGUAUUGCAUCCAAGAAAAAGAUACAAAUAUAAACGCAGGUGUUAUAGCGAUGUUUUUUUGGAAAUGACCUUUUACUCUACACAUAAAAAUUCAAAUUCUGGUUUAGUUUUAUAGUUAAAAAUUUGUUAUCAUUUUGAAAUAAAUUCUGUGUGUGUCAGAAAGGGGUUAAUUUGUCAUCCAUCUGUAUUGAAUGUGUGACAUUUGAUGGUAUGAUUUUGUAGAAUGUGGAUGCUGUUUUAGUGUAUCAUAAAAUUUAAGCGAUAGUGAACAUGUGAACGUAAAUAUUUUUAUUAUAUAUUUUUUUCUUUUUUUUGUGUAAAAAGGACUGACAGUUUUAUGUUUUAACCCAUUUAGUUCUUAAGGUCAAUAUGAGAAAGUAGCAGAGAGAUAAUGAGAUAUGACUUUUGUCCAGUAAACCCUGUAAUCCACUGUAGUUAUUGUGUAGCUUAUAAACGUGAUGUACAAUUGAAUUUAAACAAUUGAUUUAUAUAAAAAUGUGCAUUACUUGUUUAUUUAUGAAUUUGUUUGUUUAUUUGCGUAUGGGCCUGCUAGUGUAAUGCAGAGUUAUGGGGGCAGGCUCACUGGUGUAAUCUGCUCCAGCUAUGGUGAGAGGACUUGGCUAAGUAUAGACAGUCGUACAGGGAGAGGAGAGGAAAGAUUAGUGGUGAUUAAGGGUCACUCUCUGUACAGUGGCCAGGUGAGUAGCAGCCUGAAGUGAAAGUGAGAACAUAUAGUGACAAAAAAAAAACGGGAUAUUUGUUCAGAAAUUUUCUACACAGCUUUGUUGGAUAACUGAUGUUCAGCAUCUGCUGGGAUUUGAGUGGAGUGUGACCACCGGAGACGAGACUGUCAUUCAGGCUAUAGCUCUACACUGCCAUCUCCAUUCAUACUCCUCUUCCUCUGAUCUGCCUGGCGUCAGUUCACCCUGUAUUAGGGCCAAAUGCCGAGAGCCGCAUCCAACCACAUGGAUAACUCCUGCCGGGCCCUGUGCCGCUCUCUGCUGAACCAGAAUGGCCUCCAGCCUGAGAGCACAGACAUCUCCCAGUCAGUGCUCUACACCUCCCUUAUGGGGCUGCUGCUGGUGGCCGACAGGGAGAAAGAACUAUCUUUAGGCAGUGGACAAGUUGGACUGCGGAAUGUGGGAAACACGUGUUUCCUGAACUCCAUUGUGCAGUGUCUCUCACACACCCGAGGUCUUAGAGAUUACUGUCUGACUAAGACCUACCAGCAGGACAUGUGCUCCAGCCAGGAGCCGGAGCUGAUGAAUGAAUUCACUAAAGUUCUGGAAGGUCUUUGGGAUGUGAACGGAGGAGAUCUCACCAUCAAUCCUGGGAAGUUCUACCGGGUCUUUAAAGAGGCAGUGCCUUAUUUCAGUGGUUACAGUCAGCAGGAUGCUCAGGAGUUCCUGCGUUUCCUUCUGGACCAGCUGCAUACAGAAAUCAACCGCCGGCCAGCUCAGCGCCCCUCCAUUACCACCACUCCUGAGACCACCUAUAACAGAUUCAGGAUCUCGGAGGAGGCCUGUGCUAUGUGGAAGAAGCAUCUUGACAGAGAUGACAGUGUGAUUGUAGAUCUGUUCUCAGGGCAGCUGCGCAGCUCCCUGCACUGCUCCGUCUGCUCCCACUACUCCAACACAUUCGACGUCUUCUGCGAUCUGUCACUGCCGAUCCCAAAGAGGGCUGACCCCAGGACAGGCGUCACACUGAGAGAGUGUCUGGAUCUGUUCUCGCAGGAGGAGAAACUGGAACAGGAGAAUUCACCUAUGUGUGAGAGGUGUAACCGCCGCACGGAGAGCACCAAAAGGCUGUCCAUCCAGAGAUUCCCCAGAAUACUGGUGAUACAUUUAAACCGGUUCACCAUGACGAGAUUCUCAUUCUGUAAAAGCACAGUGCCAGUGUCAUUCCCUCUCACGGAUCUGGAUUUGGGACCAUUCGGACCAGUUGACAGUGGUCCAGUACUAUAUGAUCUGUAUGCUCUGUGUAACCAUGUGGGAACAGUGAACAUGGGACACUACACAGCCGCCUGUCGAGAGGAGGAGGGCUGGUGCUGCUAUAAUGACUCAUGUGUAACCCAAAUACCUGAAGACCAGCUUCAGUCCAGUCAGGCAUACGUUCUCUUUUACCAGCUUAAAAGCUGCAUGGCCUCCAGAAAGUAAACAUGUCUCAGCAGAGCUCAGGAGCCAGAAGGGCUGGUCGUCCACAUGGCUCAUACAGGUAUGAGCUUUUCAGCAGAAGGAGGAGAAAAGUGAACUGUGGGAGCUGUAAGGAAGCUGUGAUGAACAACAUGAGCCGAUACAAUCAGUCACCUCAACUUUCUGUUUCAUUUAAAAUAUACUUUUUACUGAACAUUUUUAAAGCUUGGUUAAAUUUUUAUAUUUUCUACUAGCACAUAGCUAUUGCUUGUCUGUCAAAAAAUACUGAUUUAUUCUAAAUAUACUUCACUGUUGGUGUCUAGUUUUAUUUUUGUAGAAAAGCCUAUGAAAGAUAAUACAGUGGAUUAUAGAGAUCAGGUCACUUUUGGUUUGUUUCAAAGUUCUGUGUAUGUAAUACAUCUGAAAUAAAUCUUGAUUUAUGUC